AUGGUCUACGACCACCCCCCGGCCGGCCGGCCGGCCGCCAAAUUCCGCAUGGAGCGCUACGACUCGGGCUACUCCAGCCCCGGCACGCCGGAAAUGGGACCCGGCGAAAGCAGCGGCAGCCCGCCAAAACCCACCCGGUACACAAUCGUCGACGAGCCGGAGCUCGUCGAGCCCCAACCCCCGCCCUCAUCCUCCCGCAGCGGCGGACGCACCGCCAAACCCAUCCGCAGCAACAGCUACAUCUACCCGGCGGAGACGUCGGCACCGGUGCCGCCUCCGCCGUCUUCCUCCAAACCAUUGUAUAAUGAGAUCCCCAAGUACACGGUGCGGGAGAUCAACCCGCCGAAUGUGGUGUAUAGCAAGCGGGACGGGGCGCGUCAGUAUCAUGAGGAUUAUCGACCUCAACAUCCGGCGAUGGGGUCGAGACGACAGUCUACAUAUGCCUGA